AUACCCCUGCAGAUAAAUAAAUAUUUGAAAACAUGUAGAAAAGUAUUGUGACAACCACAUUCAUUUCAUACAAAGGAAAAUGUUGUUUUUUGGUUCAUGCCAAUAAGUUAUCCAAAAAUAUAAAACAUCUGUUUUUAAACACAUUUUUCAGUGUUAGACAAGAUGAAAGUGUUUAGAGUGAUUAUUGUGACCAAAAUAACAGUAAUAUUUCAUAUUUAUAUCUUCAAAGGCUUUAAUCUAAUGAAAGAUCAGCUCUGUGUGCAGCCGAGCAGAUGUUCUCUGAUGCUCCUCAAUCUUCCUUCCUCCCUUUGUCCUCCAGAUAACCUCUAUAUAUAUGAUAUGAGAUAUAUGCAGGGUUUAUAUCGUAAGUGACUUUCUUUUCAUGUUAAGUCACAUUGAUUAAUUUCAGUUUAUCCUGAUUAACUCAUCAUUGAGAAAGAAAAUGAUUAAACAAAAAGAUUAUAUCAGCAAGGACAUAGGAGAUUAGGAGGAGAGGAGACAACCGAGGAAAAAGGAAAAGAGGAAGGCACAGAAACCGAGAGGCAGGGGGCCAGAAACAGGAAGUAGAAGUCCACUCUUUACAGGACUGCUGUCUGAGGGAGACUCCACAACUGCAUGCCCAGAAGGUCCAGAAGCAUCAGAAAGCUUCAGGCUCCUGAAUCUGUUCCUUUCAAAGUAGAAUAACUUGUUAAAAACAAGCAGACGAAAGUCCAACGUCGGAGCCCGAUGGACCCCCUUAACUCCUCCCACCUCCCCACCAACCAAUCAGAGCUCAGCAGCACCUUCACCCAGCACGUGCUGCCGCCGCUCUACCUGCUGAUCUUCGUGGCGGGCUCGUGCCUGAACGGCGUGGCCGCCUGCGUCUUCUUCCGCGUGCCAAGCGACUCGGGCCUGGUGGUGUACCUGAAGAACAUGGUGGUGGCGGACCUCCUCAUGCUCGCCUCCUUCCCCUUCCGGCCCGCGGCCCAGCUGGGCCUCGGCGGCUGGCGCCUCCACGUGGUGAUCUGCCGCUACACCUCGGUGCUCUUCUACUCCUCCAUGUACGCAGGGAUCCUCUUCAUGGGCCUCAUCAGCCUGGAGAGGUACGUGAGGAUCGUGAAGAACGCCUCCUCCUCCUCUUCCACCUCCUCCAGGUGCAGCAGGGCGCCCCCGCUGCACCUGCUGCAGAGCGUGGGCUUUGCCCGCAUGCUGGCGCUGCUCAGCUGGGCCCUCCUGCUGGCGUGCGCGCUGCCCAACGUGGUUCUGACCAGCCGGCCCGCGGACGCGGAGACGUCGCGGCGCUGCAUGCAGCUGAAGACGCCGCUGGGGGUCAGCUGGCAUCGCGCCUCCACCCUGUUCAACGUGGGCCUGUUCUGGGUCACCCUGCUGGUGCUCGCCUCCUGCUACGCCUCCAUUGCACGCCGGGUCUACCGCUCCUACCGCCGUGUGGGCUGCCGCCGCCGCAGCGACGCGUGCCACAAGUCCAACCGCAGCAUCUUCACCCUGCUGGCGGUGUUCCUGGCGUGCUUCGUGCCGUACCACGCGUGCCGCGUGCCGUACACCCUGAGCCAGAUGCCCGGCGCCGGCUUCAGCCGCCACAGCCGCUUCCUGCUCUUCCAGCUGAAGGAGGCCACGCUGUUCCUCUCCGCCCUCAACGUCUGCCUGGACCCCCUCAUCUACCUCCUUAUGUGCCGCACCUUCAGGGAGGCGCUGCUCGGGAAGGGGAGGGCCGCGGGGCCCACGGGGGCCACGGGACAGAGCCUGAGCCUUAUCUAAGAGGUGGGGGGGAAGAGAGAGGGAAGGAGCUGAGGAGUCAAGGGGUCAAGGAGAGGAGACAAAAGAAGAGGGGACUAGAGAUGAGGCGAGGAAACCAGGAGAGAAGAGGACACGCCUUAACAGACUGUCGUGUGUAAAUGAAGUCUAUAAAAGACGAGUUGUCAGUGAACGCAUCGCCUCUGUUUCUGGAGAACACAAUAGAAACUGAAUUCAUUUAUAUAAAAUAUAAUAUUAAAUUAUAAGCUGGUCUUUAAAUAAUGCAUUUACAUAUAUGAAUUAAUUAAUUAAAUUACUAAUUUAAACACAGUGAAUUAUUUAAGUUACUAAUUUAAAUAUAGCUAAUUUUUUUAAUGAUCUUUUAUUUAUAGUUCAUUAUUCUUCUGUGAUCAUCUUGGUGUCAUUAUAAGACACUUUCAAUCAAGUAAUUGGAAAUGAUAAAUGAAAAAUGUAUAGUUGUAAAUAAAUGUUUGAUGAUUCGUUGGUUGGAGUUUGAGAUGAACUUAUUAUAACUUAUCCUGAGAGAACAGGAAGUGGCUCAGACUGUUGUGAUGUCACAUCCCUGUGACUCCGGGGGAAGUCAGCUGAUCUCAUUUUUGUGGUGUCCCCGUGUUUACCCACACUAUAUCCAUCACAUUAUAUUCAUAAAAUGUAAUAAAAUAUUCAAUUAAAUUCAUUUUAUUUUGUAUUUUCCUCUGUCCCCAAA